AUGACCACAUUCGUUCACGCCUCGUUUCUCGGCAUGAGCGCCAACACCAGAGUCGCCGUUGGGCUCGUCGCGUUCGCGUCCGCGACGUUCGCGUUCCCGGUGUGGUACUCGUGGGCGCCGUCCAAGGUGAUGUGGACACAGGACGAGGGGUUGUCAGUGGCCGCGGUGCGCAGAGGAGCGUUCAUGAACAGCGGUUCACGGGACGUUGGGUUAGAUAAAGGAGUGGGUAAGAAGGAGUGA